AUGGAAAAAGUUGGCACCAGUUCACAGAAUCCCUUCUCCGACAGCGCUGCCGCAUCCGUUCGAACCGCCUCAUCUUAUUCGCAGCCGUCAUCAGGAAUUAGACAACCUGCGCGACGCCAGUUCAAGUCAUAUAGACUCAAUGGCGAGUACGAAAAACCAUGGUUAACCGACAAACGGCUCCAAAAAACUCGAGUCGGUAACUAUAUCAUCUGGGGCUUCGUCGCUGUCGGUUUUGCUUUGAGUGGAUAUAUCAACUUCUCCGUUACCCAAAAAGUGUCAAAGCAUGAAGUAGUGCAGUACUGUCUUAUCUUGGAUGAUCAAUUCUCGUCAUUCAACAAAGAGAUAUGGAAUCAAGAAGUCCAGAUCGGCGGAUUCGGCAACGGCGCUUUCGACUGGACCACAACCGAUGAUAAGAAUUCGUUUGUCGACGGUGAAGGUCUUCAUAUCGUGCCGACUUUAACCACGGAGACAACAUCGAUCACCGAAGCCCAGCUUCUUAACGGAUAUACGCUGAAUCUCACCAAGGCCGGCGGAGAUGGGACUUGCACGGGCAAUACCAACGCGGCAUGCGCAAUUCGAUCAAAUCAAACCCUGGGAACUAUCAUUCCUCCGGUUCGAUCUGCUCGAUUAAACACCAGAGGAACGAGAAGCAUCCGCUAUGGCCGGGUUGAAGUUGUUGCGAAGAUGCCACAAGGAGAUUGGCUCUGGCCUGCCAUAUGGAUGUUGCCAGUGAAUGAAACUUAUGGGCCCUGGCCUGCAAGUGGUGAAAUUGAUAUCGCAGAGAGCCGGGGUAACGAUGUUGAUUAUAGCCUUGGCGGUAGGGAUAUCGUGUCCAGUUCCAUUCACUGGGGCCCAACACCCAGCGCCAACGCUUUUUGGAGGUCAACGCGCGGAAAAGCGAUUCGCCGAACUGACUACAGCAAAGGAUUCCACACUUUUGGCAUCGAAUGGUCCCAAGAUUAUCUGUUCACAUACAUCGAUAGCCCACUGCAACAGGUAAUGUAUUGGAAGUUUAAAGAAGACGAAACGAUGUGGCAGCAGGGGCACUUUGAAGGCGUCACAGUCAACUCAUCUCUGCUCGUCGACCCUUGGUCCCAGACAGGGAAUCCAAGUACGCCUUUUGACCAGCCAUUUUAUCUGAUCCUGAAUGUUGCAGUUGGAAGCACAAACGGCUGGUUUCCGGAUGGGCUAGGGAAGAAACCAUGGACAGACGCAGGCCUAGCGGCGUCCGACUUUUACCAAAGUCGUGACACGUUUUAUCCCACUUGGCCAGAAGACAGCAGCCGCGGCAUGACCGUCAAAUCGGUCCGAAUGUGGCAACAAGGCCCAUGUCGCUGA